AUGACCAUCAGCAGCUUGGACAUUCGUCCAAUCAUCCGCACGCACUUCGACUUGCGCGAUGAAACGAACGGUCUGCACCUGGUGCCGCCAUCGUCUGCUGAUCGAUCAUCACUUAAAUCAUGGCGUAAUAUACCGAGUCCAUUGAGUAGCCAUUGUUUGCUUGAGAAUCAGUCGGAGUACGACGGCAUUGAGGUGCAGACGAAAAAGCAGAGCAAGACCAAGGCACGCACUAUUAACCACAUCACACUUGGCUUUAUCGCUUACUUUGCAGUAGCAGCAGGACCUUUUGGUGUUGAAGAUGCAGUACGAGCUGCAGGACCUUAUCCGGUACUUCUGGCUGUGGUCUUGCUUCCGUUUACGUGGGGCUUGCCACAAGCCUUGAUGACUGCAGAACUCAGCACAAUGAUUGAUGAGAACGGUGGCUACAUUGUGUGGGUGCGACGUGGACUGGGCGAGUACGCUGGCUGGGUGAAUGCCUUCAACUGCAUUGCCAGCAAUGUCUGCGACUUGCCAACAUACCCUGUUUUAUUUUGCAGCUACAUUGAAGCGUUUCUGGCGUCUGGCUAUGGCUACACACUGUCGGGAGUAGAAAAAUGGCUGGUGAAAUGUUUAGCACUGCUACUUGUCUUCGUCUCAAAUGCUGUCGGUAUGCGCGCAGUAGCCAUGGCCUCAGUGCUCAUGUCCAUUUUUGUGCUCGCGCCUUUCAUUUUGGAGCCUCUUUCAGUCGAGACGUUUAACCUUGCAACGUGGGGUAGUGUUGCACCGGAAAUUGAGUGGUCGUUGUUCCUCUCGACUAUUUUGUGGAAUUAUCAAGGUUGGGAUUCUCUUGGAUGCGUUGCUGGUGAAGUUAAGGACGGCGGCAGGACUUAUCCGAUUGCCAUUGUAAUUGCAAUGGUACUGAUUACCAUGAACUACGCCGUCCCUGUCGCUGUAGGCAUUAUGGUGCAAUCUGAUUUUUCCCAGUGGAGUGAAGGUUCUUUGGAAACCAUUGCAAUGACAGUUGCUCCAUGGUUGGGUGUGUGGGUAGGUAUUGCUGCAGUUAUUGCAACUCUUGGAGAGUUCAAUGUCGUGAUGGCUUGCACCUCGCGUGCAUUGUGGGCAACAGCAGAUUACAAGAUGCUGCCCUCCUUUGUCGCGAUCGAGUGGGAGCGUUUUGGGACGCCAAUUGCGGCCGUGAUUCUUCAAACGUUGACAACAGGCGUGCUUAUGAAUUUCUCCUUUGAGAUUCUGGUGGUACUUGACACUUUUUUCAACAAUCUCACUCUCCUGUUGGAAUUUUUUGCAUUCUUACGGCUCAAAUACGUUGAGAAAGACUCGGAGCGUCCGUUUGUGGUACCAUUUGGUAAUGUUGGUGCCUGGUCGAUUACGCUGCCUAAGAUCAUGGUACUAUCAGGUGUAUUACUUGCUCAAAAGCGUAGUAUUUGGAUGAUAUGCGGUCUCUUUAACGUGACUGUAUCAAGUACUUAUCUUGUAUGGCGUCAUUUUCAACCAUCACAUCAAGUUCCACGUGUAUCAUCCACUAUUACUACUGGUUAUGGAACAGAUCACUUGUCAUAG